AUGACGUCACAAACAAGUCCUUACAACUUUUAUUUCAGAGCAACAAAGGAGAAGAAGAGUCAGAGGUUGCGAGAUACUGUAGAUGUUGAACCUGCUCUGCCCAAACAACAGCCAAAAACAAAGAUUACACAACCAGUGCCCCCGAAAAAGUCCACUCGUCAAAAAACAAAAUUAAAAAGUAGACCGAUGCAAGAACAAUCAAUUAUAGAGCUUGCAGCGAAAGUAAAGAAGAGAAAACCAAGGACUAUGGGUCCAGAGAAAAAGAGAUCUGUUGAUGAAGAUCCUUUCCCCCGUCAGCAUGUUGGAAAACGAAAAAAGAAACGAACAAAACAGCCGAAAGUAGAAGAGUUUGUCCCAAAAAUAGACUCGGCUUUUUUGGUGCCCGACGCCGAUAUGUUCCAACAAGAGCAACCGAAAAACUUAUCGGGUGAAGUGGCAGUUAAACCAAGCGGAACUACAUUACCAAAAACUGGACUACCAAUGGUGCAAGGGAAUAGCGAUAAUAAUGGUGUGAUACUUGUAAAUGGACAACCUUUUUGGUUCAGCGAUGUACCCCCGGUAAGAAAAAUCUAA